AUGGAUGUGGACCUUAAUAAUGCUGAUGUCGUCUGUCGCAUGCUUGGUUACCCUCUGCAUCCAACGAUUGGAGCGGCGCUCACUUCGGUCAAGGAUCAGGUCCGAUCAUACUCUACCACUGAACCACCCUACUCCGGCUGCAGUUCAUAUGAGUGGCAAUGCUACUACAACGGUCAAUGUAUUCAAGACUACCAAAGAUGCAACGGUUACACUGACUGCUACUAUGGCGAAGAUGAAUCCAACUGUUACGACUAUACCACUGAGCCAUCCAACUCCGGCUGCAGUUCAAAUGAGUGGGCAUGCUACUACUACGGUCAAUGUAUUCAAGACUACCAAAGAUGCAACGGAUACUCGGACUGCUACUUUGGCGAAGAUGAAUACAACUGCACCGGAAACACCGUUGCUCCCACUGUAGACGUCAAUCCACCCUCCUCCGUGUUACGAUUAGUGAAUGGCAGCACCAUCUAUGAAGGCAGAGUAGAGGUGUUUGUCAACGGUUCCUGGGGAACGGCUUGCAGCCAUUCCUGGGACAUGAACGAGGCCCAAGUCAUCUGCAGACAGCUUGGAUAUGGACCAGCCAUUAAUGCCCCGGGCUACGCUACCUAUGGCCCGGCUCCAGUUCGUCUCGUGAAUGGAAGCUCUUCUAACGAGGGUCAAGUUGAGGUCUUCUACCAAGGCGAGUGGGGUACAGUCUGCGAUGAUGGAUGGGACCUUAAUAAUGCUGAUGUCGUCUGUCGCAUGCUUGGUUACCCUUCUGCAUCCAACGCUUGGAGCGGCGCUCACUUCGGUCAAGGAUCAGGUCCGAUCAUGCUAGACAAUGUUAACUGCCAAGGAUAUGAAUCUAGCAUAGCUGAAUGCAAUCAUGCUGGCUGGUUUAGCCAUAACUGUGGGCAUAAUGAGGACGCAGGAGUUACUUGUAACAGUGACUCUACCACUGAACCACCCUACUCCGGCUGCAGUUCAUAUGAGUGGCAAUGCUACUACAACGGUCAAUGUAUUCAAGACUACCAAAGAUGCAACGGUUACACUGACUGCUACUAUGGCGAAGAUGAAUCCAACUGUUACGACUAUACCACUGAGCCAUCCAACUCCGGCUGCAGUUCAAAUGAGUGGGCAUGCUACUACUACGGUCAAUGUAUUCAAGACUACCAAAGAUGCAACGGAUACUCGGACUGCUACUUUGGCGAAGAUGAAUACAACUGCACCGGAAACACCGUUGCUCCCACUGUAGACGUCAAUCCACCCUCCUCCGUGUUACGAUUAGUGAAUGGCAGCACCAUCUAUGAAGGCAGAGUAGAGGUGUUUGUCAACGGUUCCUGGGGAACGGCUUGCAGCCAUUCCUGGGACAUGAACGAGGCCCAAGUCAUCUGCAGACAGCUUGGAUAUGGACCAGCCAUUAAUGCCCCGGCUACGCUACCUAUGGCCCGGGUGUUGGUCCUAUUCACCUUGUACAUGUGCACUGCAACGGUUCGGAAAGCUCAAUACUUGACUGCACAUCUUAUUACUCUGAACACUGCUCUCACAGUGAAGAUGCCGGUGUUGAAUGCUCAGUGGGGUACAGUCUGCGAUGAUGGAUGGGACCUUAAUAAUGCUGAUGUCGUCUGUCGCAUGCUUGGUUACCCUUCUGCAUCCAACGCUUGGAGCGGCGCUCACUUCGGUCAAGGAUCAGGUCCGAUCAUGCUAGACAAUGUUAACUGCCAAGGAUAUGAAUCUAGCAUAGCUGAAUGCAAUCAUGCUGGCUGGGACUAUACCACUGAGCCAUCCAACUCCGGCUGCAGUUCAAAUGAGUGGGCAUGCUACUACUACGGUCAAUGUAUUCAAGACUACCAAAGAUGCAACGGAUACUCGGACUGCUACUUUGGCGAAGAUGAUGAAUACAACUGCACCGCUCCAGUUCGUCUCGUGAAUGGAAGCUCUUCUAACGAGGGUCAAGUUGAGGUCUUCUACCAAGGCGAGUGGGGUACAGUCUGCGAUGAUGGAUGGGACCUUAAUAAUGCUGAUGUCGUCUGUCGCAUGCUUGGUUACCCUUCUGCAUCCAACGCUUGGAGCGGCGCUCACUUCGGUCAAGGAUCAGACUCUACCACUGAACCACCCUACUCCGGCUGCAGUUCAUAUGAGUGGCAAUGCUACUACAACGGUCAAUGUAUUCAAGACUACCAAAGAUGCAACGGUUACACUGACUGCUACUAUGGCGAAGAUGAAUCCAACUGUUACGACUAUACCACUGAGCCAUCCAACUCCGGCUGCAGUUCAAAUGAGUGGGCAUGCUACUACUACGGUCAAUGUAUUCAAGACUACCAAAGAUGCAACGGAUACUCGGACUGCUACUUUGGCGAAGAUGAAUACAACUGCACCGGAAACACCGUUGCUCCCACUGUAGACGUCAAUCCACCCUCCUCCGUGUUACGAUUAGUGAAUGGCAGCACCAUCUAUGAAGGCAGAGUAGAGGUGUUUGUCAACGGUUCCUGGGGAACGGCUUGCAGCCAUUCCUGGGACAUGAACGAGGCCCAAGUCAUCUGCAGACAGCUUGGAUAUGGACCAGCCAUUAAUGCCCCGGGUUACGCUACCUAUGGCCCUGGUGUUGGUCCUAUUCACCUUGUACAUGUGCACUGCAACGGUUCGGAAAGCUCAAUACUUGACUGCACAUCUUAUUACUCUGAACACUGCUCUCACAGUGAAGAUGCCGGUGUUGAAUGCUCAGCUCCAGUUCGUCUCGUGAAUGGAAGCUCUUCUAACGAGGGUCAAGUUGAGGUCUUCUACCAAGGCGAGUGGGGUACAGUCUGCGAUGAUGGAUGGGACCUUAAUAAUGCUGAUGUCGUCUGUCGCAUGCUUGGUUACCCUUCUGCAUCCAACGCUUGGAGCGGCGCUCACUUCGGUCAAGGAUCAGACUCUACCACUGAACCACCCUACUCCGGCUGCAGUUCAUAUGAGUGGCAAUGCUACUACAACGGUCAAUGUAUUCAAGACUACCAAAGAUGCAACGGUUACACUGACUGCUACUAUGGCGAAGAUGAAUCCAACUGUUACGACUAUACCACUGAGCCAUCCAACUCCGGCUGCAGUUCAAAUGAGUGGGCAUGCUACUACUACGGUCAAUGUAUUCAAGACUACCAAAGAUGCAACGGAUACUCGGACUGCUACUUUGGCGAAGAUGAAUACAACUGCACCGGAAACACCGUUGCUCCCACUGUAGACGUCAAUCCACCCUCCUCCGUGUUACGAUUAGUGAAUGGCAGCACCAUCUAUGAAGGCAGAGUAGAGGUGUUUGUCAACGGUUCCUGGGGAACGGCUUGCAGCCAUUCCUGGGACAUGAACGAGGCCCAAGUCAUCUGCAGACAGCUUGGAUAUGGACCAGCCAUUAAUGCCCCGGGCUACGCUACCUAUGGCCCGGGUGUUGGUCCUAUUCACCUUGUACAUGUGCACUGCAACGGUUCGGAAAGCUCAAUACUUGACUGCACAUCUUAUUACUCUGAACACUGCUCUCACAGUGAAGAUGCCGGUGUUGAAUGCUCAGCUCCAGUUCGUCUCGUGAAUGGAAGCUCUUCUAACGAGGGUCAAGUUGAGGUCUUCUACCAAGGCGAGUGGGGUACAGUCUGCGAUGAUGGAUGGGACCUUAAUAAUGCUGAUGUCGUCUGUCGCAUGCUUGGUUACCCUUCUGCAUCCAACGCUUGGAGCGGCGCUCACUUCGGUCAAGGAUCAGGUCCGAUCAUGCUAGACAAUGUUAACUGCCAAGGAUAUGAAUCUAGCAUAGCUGAAUGCAAUCAUGCUGGCUGGUUUAGCCAUAACUGUGGGCAUAAUGAGGACGCAGGAGUUACUUGUAACAGUGACUCUACCACUGAACCACCCUACUCCGGCUGCAGUUCAUAUGAGUGGCAAUGCUACUACAACGGUCAAUGUAUUCAAGACUACCAAAGAUGCAACGGUUACACUGACUGCUACUAUGGCGAAGAUGAAUCCAACUGUUACGACUAUACCACUGAGCCAUCCAACUCCGGCUGCAGUUCAAAUGAGUGGGCAUGCUACUACUACGGUCAAUGUAUUCAAGACUACCAAAGAUGCAACGGAUACUCGGACUGCUACUUUGGCGAAGAUGAAUACAACUGCACCGGAAACACCGUUGCUCCCACUGUAGACGUCAAUCCACCCUCCUCCGUGUUACGAUUAGUGAAUGGCAGCACCAUCUAUGAAGGCAGAGUAGAGGUGUUUGUCAACGGUUCCUGGGGAACGGCUUGCAGCCAUUCCUGGGACAUGAACGAGGCCAAGUCAUCUGCAGACAGCUUGGAUAUGGACCAGCCAUUAAUGCCCCGGGCUACGCUACCUAUGGCCCGGCUCCAGUUUUCGUCUCGUGAAUGGAACUCUUCUAACGAGGGUCAAGUUGAGGUCUUCUACCAAGGCGAGUGGGGUACAGUCUGCGAUGAUGGAUGGGACCUUAUAAUGCUGAUGUCGUCUGUCGCAUGCUUGGUUACCCUUCUGCAUCCAACGCUUGGAGCGGCGCUCACUUCGGUCAAGGAUCAG